UGCAAGCACGCGUGGACUGUGUCGACUGUAUAACUUUUUGGAGCUUGUUUUGGAGUGCUCAUGCUACAAAUAUAUCCUAAAUUCAAGUACUUUGGUUAGUAUCAGAGUUCGGUACUUGUCAGCAAUGCCUCCUAAGAAGCCAAAUCUGGGGAAAUCAUUGGUCAAGGACCGAUUCAAGGGAAAACGGAAGAGGCGAGUUGGUGGUGAUGAGUCUUCUCGUCAUACCACGGAGCUGGGUGAUGGAUAUGACUGGAACAAGAUAAACCUGCGCUCUGUGACAGAGGAGACCUCUAUCGAUGAGUUCCUCAACACCGCCCAGCUGGCUGGCACCGAGUUUGUGGCAGAGAAACUGAAUAUCACGUUCGUCAACCCGAAAGGUCAGAUUGGCAUCCCCUCGGCGGAGGAGCUGCACAAGAUCAAAGAGUUGCAGCGGGAAAACAUCGCCCUCUUGCAGAUCCCCAGACGACCGGCCUGGGACGAGACGACAUCUGCGGCCGAGCUGCACGCUGCCGAAGAGCUGGCCUUUCUCGAGUGGCGCCGGCAGCUGGCGCAGCUUCAGGAGGCGCGCGGCCUCACCCUCACCCCCUACGAGAGGAAUCUCGAGUUCUGGAGGCAGCUGUGGCGUGUGGUUGAGCGAAGUGACGUGGUGGUUCAGAUCCUGGACGCGCGGAACCCGCUGCUGUACCGCUGCGAGGACCUGGAGCGCUACGUGCGCGAGGUGGACCCGGAUAAGGACAACCUGCUGCUCAUCAACAAGUCAGACCUGCUGACGGCCGAACAGCGCGCAGCGUGGGCCGAUUACUUCAACGAGACGGGCAUCAAGGCGGCCUUCUUCUCAGCGCUGAACGAGGCGGACGCGCCGCCGGCCACCAUAGCAGAGGAGCCGGAGGAACCGACAGAGGAGUCUGAGGAGGAGGAUUCUGAGGGAGAGGGUGAGAGCUCUGAGAAGGAGGAGGCAGAGUCAGACAGUGGGGAGGAGGGCAGUGUCAGUGAGGGCCGCGCGGACGGCCCGCCGCCUCUCUCGGCCUGGCCGGCCGCCAGCGAUCAGUCCGAGUCGACUGAUGUGACUGAGGACGCCUCGGAGCCCACCGGAGACGGCACGGAUGACGGCGGGGGCGGCGGGGGAGGGGGCGGGUUCACCAGUCCCCGCCUCCUGCCGCGGGAGGAGCUCAUCGGUCUGCUGAAGACGGUGCACGCCGGCCGCCGGCGCACCGAGGGAGUGGCCACUAUUGGAUUUGUCGGCUACCCGAACGUCGGCAAGAGCUCCACCAUCAACGCGCUGCUACAGGCGAAGAAGGUGUCCGUGUCGGCCACGCCCGGAAAGACCAAACAUUUCCAGACCCUGCACAUUGACUCGGAGCUGAUCCUGUGCGACUGCCCGGGCCUGGUGAUGCCGUCGUUCCUCUCCACCAAAGCCGAGAUGGUGGUGUGGGGCGUGCUGCCCAUCGAUCAGAUGCGCGACCACGUGCCGCCCGUGAACCUGGUGGCGCACCUGAUGCCGCGCCCGGUGCUCGAGAGGACGUACGGCCUGAUGCUGCCGCUGCCGCGCGAGGGGGAACAGCCCGACCGGCCGCCCACGGCUGAGGAGCUGCUCAACGCCUACGGAUACAUGCGGGGUUUCAUGACCGCCCGCGGCCUUCCGGACAACCCUCGCUCGGCGCGAGUCAUCCUCAAGGACUUUGUUCGCGGCAAACUGCUGUACUGCCUAGCGCCGCCGGGCCGUGACCAGGAACACUUCAACAAGUGGCCGCUAGAGGCGCCACGGGAGCGCGCCGCCGGCCAGAGACCGCCCCAGGAGAAAAUGGUGAAGCCGAAUAAGCCGACUGCCGACGCUGUGGACAGCAGCUUCUUCAGCGCGGUGCAGAGCAAGGCGCACAGCCGGGACCACCUGGGAGUGCAGCGGGUCGACGGGCGCGCGUCGGCCGUCCCCGUCAGUGACGAGCCGGUAUCAGAGAGCGCCUCCACCACCUCCACCGCCAAACCGUGGCGAGUAAAGGGAGGCAAACGGCCCAAGAAAGGUAAACUGCGCCGCGUCUACCGCCAUCUGGACGACGUAUGACAGACUUGUCUUUGACCAUCCGGCCGCUAGGUGGCCAGUCGCCCUCGCAACUCCCUAUCAGAGGUUGGACUAUGGGAUUGUGGUUCUGCGGGGCAAACACGUGCAAAGUGAACCACUGGGGCUGAACAGAGGAGCUCGGGUCUGGGAAUCGCGGGGUGGCUCGUUUUGUCUCCUUCCCAUGUGCUGGAGCCCGAUGGACUGACGAAUAACUCUGCCCUAUGACAGAUGGCAUUUCUGUCUGGAGUGCACUUGGCCUACAGACUACUGUAGGGCUUGGCAGCAGUGUCCCAAAAUUGAGUUUUGUCUGGGGUGUCAGAGAGGAAAAUUACCCACCAAAAAGAGGGGAGAGAGUGGAAAACUGCUGAUUCGAUUAGAUCCAAAAAGAGUGAGAAACGCCAUAAAACAUGGAUUUUAUUCUAGGAUGUAGAAUGUUUGAUGCUAAACCGGGCAUUCACACAACCGCUCUUUCUAGAGGUAAAAAAAUCUAGGUUUUCUUGGUUGGGAGUGGAAAAUUGUUCUUAAAAAUUGGUGGUGAGAGUGGAAAAUGGAUUUCCUUUGGAUGUCAUUUCCCACCCAAAUCGACAAAUUUUGGGACAUUGCUUGGCAGGGAUCCUUUGGAGGUCUAAGCCAACUGUGAUGUGUCUUGUUUUGUUAGAUUUAUGAGGAUCCAUAAUAUAUACCACAUAAUUUGUU